AUGCUCGCCGCUGGACCUGGGGCCAUGUGGGGCUGUGACACACCCAAUGGGACAGCGGGUGGCGUGGACCUGCCGCUGUGCCGGGAGCUGCCACUGGCUCUGUGGGCGUUCUCACUGCUCUACCUGCUGGUGGGCCUCCCAUUGGGGCUGGGUUACAACGCACUGCUGGUGCUGGCUAACCUGCACAGCCGCCGCACCAUGAGCAUGCCCGACGUCUACUUUGUUAACAUGGCCGUGGCCGGACUGGUCCUUGGUGUCCUGGCGCCCGCCUACCUGCUAGGGCCAGCUCACACGCACUGGGCCCUAUGGCGAUUGAGCAGUGAGGUACAGAUCACGCUGCUGACCCUGUUCCAUGUGUCUGCCUUGGUGACCAUGUACUCUGCUGCCCUGCUCAGCCUUGACUGCUACAUCGAGCGGGCGCUGCCGCGCACCUACAUGUCCAGUGUGUACAACACGCGGCAUGUGUGUGGCUUUGUCUGGGGUGGUGCAUUGCUCACCAGCUUCUCCUCCCUGCUCUUCCACAUCUGCAGCCACGUGUCCUCACGGCUUGCCGAGUGUGCUGACAUGCGCAGCACCGAGGCUGCCGACGCCAUCAUGGUUCUUGUUGGCUACGUGGUGCCCGCCCUGGCCACCCUCUACGCCCUAGUGCUGAUCGCCCGGUUGCGCAAGGAAGACACGCCGCUUGGCCACGGUGAGGCAGGCAGGCUGGAGCCCUCCGAGCACCGGCUGCUGGGGGUUACUGUGGGCACACAGCUCGGGCUCUGGACGCCAUACUAUCUGACCCUCCUGGGGCAGGUGCUUGUGGCUGCAAAGGGGAGACCCAUGGAGAGUCAUUACUUGGGGGUCCUGCCCCUGGUCAAGGACCUGGCCCGGCUCCUGGCCUUCUCCAGCAGCUCGGUGACACCCCUGAUCUACCGCCACAUGGACAAGAGCUUCCCCAGCAAGCUCCGCAGGUUGGCCAAACGGCUACAGUGCAGGCCGCGCCACUGUGCCCAGGACCAGGGUGGCAUACAGCAGGUCGGGGCUUAG